ACCGAAGUGCGAUCCUAUUGUCAUAUGACUGUGCGUGGGGUCAAAGAUGAUCCGUGCGGAGUAAAGUUUGUUUACUACGUGCCGUACGCUCUUUUGAUCCAACUUUUCACCAAUGGGCUGCUGCUUCAGCUGCAACGAAGACAAGCGCUCACAGGAUGAACCCAGCGAAAACUCUCGACUGCUAGCGAACCCGGUAGGCAACGCAUCGCAGCACUCUUUCCACGACAGUUAUGGCGGCACGCAAGGUGGUUCAGCGCAUCCUGCCAAAGGGGACGACCAGAAUGCUCUUAAUAGGAUCAUUCACCAGACAGCGGCGAAUGUGAUCGACGUAUCUGCCCUGGACUCUCAGCUGGAGCAGCAUGAAUAUCUCAAUCGAGGCCGGCAGUACGCACAACGUGUCUCGGUGCUAGCACUACCUGCAGUUGGGCUUCCAUGCUUGCUUGGGGGAAACAGUUCUCCACAAGAGGUUCUCUCUCGUCCUCCUCUGGCACCACUGCAGUUACAAAAGAUGGAUGCCCUGAUGGAGAAAGUCCAACAAGUACUAGCCGAUGUACAAGUUGAGCACAAGGAGGACCUGGUAGUCCAACUCUGCAGUCCACCGUAGCCAUGUCUAGUACAGUGCACCUCCUUUGGCCUACUUGAACUGUUUUCUUGUACAUACGCUGCCAUAAAAUGCCUUCACAUUCGUGGUCA